AUGACUUCCAUGUUGGGUCGUCGUUGCAUCGACACCACCACAACCCCAAGUCCAAGGCUCCAGGGCUCCCAAUCCAACGCGGCUCCCAAGCAAUACCGGCAACGCAUGGCCACUAUCCGCCUGCAUGCCAGGCUUGCCGGACCGGCCACUCACAGCGCAGGGCCCUCCCUCCAGGACCGGCGUCCAGCCAGUCCCAGCCCGUACCGUCUGGCAGAAGCAGCCCCAGCAGGCCCCAGCGAAAUAGCGCAGGGAACAGGAGCACGGGCGUUGGGCCGCUCUCUGGUAUCACCGAUUGAUUUUGGCCCGCAGGCCGUGCAAAUGGCAGCGCUGCGUGCGCCCCCCCAAGGACACCCCAGGACGCAAGACGCCCGUGCCUUGGCGACGCAGACCCCACUGCAAUAUGGAAACUGGAAAGCUUGCGCUUCUUUGGGACGUGUGGCGCACACCCCGGCUCCGUGGCCCAGGUUCUCGUCGCCAAGGGACGCGAGGUACAACGCUGGGGGAGAUGAUCAGCACAGCAUACGGAGUAUUACUGCACCGUAUUACCUCUCAGACGGUACGAGUACUACUUUCAUGAAGCUGUGCUGCUGCUGCUGUCUGCUGGCUUCCGCCGUCCGACAAGGUCCAUCUGAGAUGGGCAUGGCUGGGCAAGCCAAUACUGCACUGUUCUCGCACUCCCUGCAUCAAUUUGUGCUAGAGCGCACGCACUCCGGAACGGCGGGGGCUGUUAGAGGUUACAUUUCCAUCGCUAGCUCCCCCAACUACCAAGUUCCAACGAUAUUCAAGUGCUGCCCACGGUGCGCCACGCAGCAGAUGCUGCCACUAUUACUUGUACGGAGUAGAUACUACUGGUACAGUACCUGCGCUUCGCUGCCAGUGUGCGCCACCAGUGUGACAGCCGGAGCCUUUUUGUCCAGCACCCUCACGGCUUUUGUCUCCGGCCAAGGAGGCGCUCACAAUCAUCCUGGCUCAUGCCAUCAGCCAGUUCAGCCAUUGCCUGACAACCUGACUCAGUGCCGCCUUGACCCGGCCCUGGGGUUCUCGGUACCAACACAGAGGGACGCGCAAAAAGCUUGCAAAGCCGAAAAAGCCAAAAAAUCGCACAAGCACGAGCACGAGCACGAGCACAAACACAAGCAUCAGCGCUGGCUGUCAAAAGUCACCGUUAGGAGCAAACAGAUGUGCCCGACCGGCCGGAACCCGCUGGGGAAGAGCCGGGCGUGGAGAAGCCAACCGCCACCUGGGCACCCGCACGCAGAGGUACAAUUGCUCACCAUCAGCAAGGUAGACUCGUGGUACUGCACGUAUUACGACGGAGUACCUCCUAUCAUCAACAUGAACCUCUCCACUUUAUACAAUGUCAAGGCAAGUCGCCCUUGGGAAGCUGGGGGAAGAUCCUCCUCGUUCGAAGCCAACCGCCAUCUGGUCCUAGUCCAAUCCGCACCCCCUCCCUGA